AUGGAGAAUAUGAUGAGAGAAAUUUAUAGAGCAGUAGGAGUUUGGGCAUUUACGACGAUCACGACGCUGUUGUUGGUAGUAGUUUUAGUGGCGAAGAAGUAUGGAGUGCGGAGCCGUGAGAAAAAGCACUACGUGAAGAAAGGGGGUAGGCAUAAACUGCCGCCGGGAAGAAGAGGGUGGCCGUUGAUCGGAGAUGGCUUCAACUGGUACAAUGCUGUUGCUGGCUCCCAUCCUCCUCGUUUUGUUCAACAACAGGUUCAAAGGUACGGGAGGAUAUUUUCUUGUUGUCUGUUUGGGAAAUGGGCAGUUGUGUCAGCAGACCCUAAUUUUAACCGAUUCAUAAUGCAAAACGAAGGGAGGUUGUUCCAGUCGAGUUACCCAAAAUCGUUCAGGGAUCUGGUCGGGAAAAAUGGAGUGAUCACAGUGCAUGGAGAGCAGCACCGAAGACUCCAUGCCAUUGCUUCAAAUAUGAUGCGCUUAGACAAGCUCAAGCUGCACUUCUUGAAAGACAUUCAAACCGUCAUGCUUCAAACCUUGAACUUCCCCAACAACCAAGUCAUUCUUCUCCAGGAUGCGUGCAGAAAGGUUGCUAUUAAUUUGAUGGUUAAUCAAUUACUUGGAGUGUCGACUGAUUCCGAAAUCAAUGAAAUGGCUCGAUUAUUCUCCGAUUUUGUGGAUGGUUGUCUGUCAAUUCCUAUCAACUUGCCUGGUUUCGCCUACCACACUGCCAUGAAGGCAAGGAAGAUCAUAAUAAGCAAGAUCAACAAAAUAAUAGAGAUGCGGAGAAAAUUAGGGGGUGCUGCAACAGCAAUCGGCAAUGGCGUACUUGGAAGAUUACUAGACGAAAAAGACAUACCGGAUGAUGCUGUAGCUGACUUCAUUAUCAAUCUGCUGUUUGCCGGAAAUGAGACCACUGCUAAAACCAUGCUUUUUGCUAUUUACUACCUCUCUCGCUGUCCCAGGGCAUUGAAACAAUUACUAGAUGAACAAGAGAGUCUAAUAAUAAGUAAUUCUAUAGGAGAAGACACACCUACAUGGCAAGAUUACAAAGCAAUGUCUUUCACUCAGUGUGUCAUUGAUGAAACACUUCGACUUGGAGGCAUUGCGAUUUGGCUAAUGAGAGAGGCAAAACAAGACAUUGAAUACCAAGGAUAUGCUAUUCCUAAAGGAUGCUUUGUUGUUCCGUUUCUUUCUGCAAUCCAUUUGGAUGAGAAUUUGUACAAGGAAGCUCUUACAUUCAAUCCUUGGAGAUGGAUGGAUUUCGAAAACCAGGGAAAAAGAAACUGGAGAAACAAUGCAUUUUAUUCUCCCUUUGGAGGGGGUGCACGAUUUUGUCCUGGGGCUGAGCUAGCUCGCCUUCAAAUCGCUCUUUUCCUUCAUUACUUUGUGACCACAUAUAGGUGGGUUCAACUCAAGGAGGAUCGAAUGUCCUUCUUUCCCUCUGCUCGUCUAGUGAAUGGUUUCGAAAUAUCUGUAACAAGACGACAUGAAAACUAAGUGAUAUCAUUAGGGCAUAUUUUUAAACUUUUUAAACAGAUAUUGUCAUA